UCACCUCCAAGAUGCCGGAGCCACUAGGCUACCAUCAUGGCCGCUCUGACCUUGAGAGGGUCGGGCUGUUCGCAGAGAUGGAGUACAUGCACGGACAGCCCUACACAGCUCCAUUGACACAUUCAGGGGUGCGAGAUCUGAAGAAGUCUCAAAUGUAUCCAGGAGUGCCCAAGUGGAAAACAGGCCUGCAAGACUGUUACUUCGAUCAAAAGUUCAAGCGAAUAUUUGAAAAGGAAGCAUACACAAGUCCGUACGUAAUGGAAGUAGAAGCAAAAAAAGAGUUUAAGAAGAAAUACCCAAACUUGAGAACAUUCAUUCCUCCUUCGUAUUCUAAGAAACACGCAACGCCGGGGGAUUAUUUUGGAACUUUUGGUGGAAUAGUGAAGGCUUUCUCGCCUGUUUCCAAACCGAGAACGAAGGAGGCAAAACUACCUUUGAACUUUAAAGUGAAUCCCGGGAAAAAGGGAAAUGCUGGCUACACAGAUAUAUGCAUUAAUAAAUAUCCUUCGUACAAACCUUCUCCAUAUGACGACCCUAGACCAAUUAGAGGUAAAGGAGGUAAGCUAAUUCCCUUUUUGAGUGGAAAUCCUGGAGGGUACUUCUAUAAAAAUCCUUACUACACUGAUAAAAUUCAAACUACGUACAAAGAGGAUUUUGAGAAGACUAAAUUAAAAUCUGGACAGUUUUAUCCUUCUGGGAAGAAUAAAACCUUAGACGGGUGUUUCUCUAAAUACCCUCCUUACCAAAGUUCUCCUGAAAGUCCGCCUAAGAUGGGCAAGGCGAAAGGCCAACCGGAAACUCGUGCUGGAGUUUUCAGACCUCCACCUGGCAAUAAAACUAUGUACACAAAGAGCAUAAUGGGAAACAAAGUAGAUAUUGCACUAAACGCUCAAAACUGGAGAAACUUUAAGCCAAUAACUUACACACGAGAGUUUCUGGUGUAGACUCGUGUUUAUGAAACUUUCAAUAAAUGUUAUUGUCA